CUCGCGAUGCACGACGCUCUCUCGAUCUCUCGAAUCGCCUACUCUCUCGCUUUCUGUGUCUUUCUCUCUCGUCAACAACAACGAAGCACGAGCCUGGCGCACAGACUCGAGCCUCGCACUCUCCUGGUUGCUGACUCCAACGAUCCUCCAACAACAACAACAACGACGACGACGACGACGACGACGACGACGACGACUUGAUUCCGCUAUGACCCAAGGAAUGGAUCACGAGCACAGUGGGCCGAGUCGAGUGCCUCUAGUUAGUCGCCCGAGCGCGGUCCUGCGGCUGCGGUGUUGCACAGAGUUUGUGCACAAUUGCGCAAAGCUUGCACGGUGCACGGGAUUGCGACACGAGACGCGGCAAUGGGUGGAUGAUUCAAGUGGCGCGUCCGUGUCCGGCUGGGGGCGCAGCACGGGCCUCGGAGCUUGGAAGCGGGCGAGGCGGGGCGA